GCUUGACAUUCCCGUAAUGGCGAGGGUGUUGAGUUUCAGUGCUUAAUGGAAAAUUUGCAUUGAGAAUAAAAGGAAAAAAGGGAAUUCAUUUACAUUUUCUACUAAAUCGGAAGCAUUGUAAUGUCCAAGGAAGUGAUAAUAGUUUUCGUGUAUGAUAAGGAAAAAUGUCAAGAUGAAGCUGAUGAUCCAAUUAGUGCUGUAUCCUAUUUUCAUCCCACAUGGGUAUCAGAUACCCAAAAGCUCACACUUUGCGGUCAGUUAAUGGGGGUUUCGCGAUUUUUGGAACUUAAUUUCCAUCAACCCAGCAUUAUUAGUCUCGAAAAUGGGAAAUUUGUUAUCAAGGACUUUGGGCGAUUUCUUUUGGCAUUUGGAACUGAUCGAAAUGUGUCUGACUCAAUUUUAGAGCAUAAAGCUAAAUUACUCACAUCCUUAAUAAGAUUAUUUCAUCGAGAUAUUGAAAAUAUUUAUGAGCAAUGCAUGCAAAUUUCUGGGCAGUACAGAAAUUUCUGUACAAAGCUCUAUUACAUCCUUGAAACCUAUAUAUCAACAAUACAGUAUACUGGGAAUAUUUUUCAAAAUGUCUCCAUCUUAAAACUCCCAACGAGUGGCAGCAACAUCUUUCUUGACGCCAUUCAGACAUUGCAGUGCUGCCAGCAGAGUAAAGGAGUUUUAGGAGGAGCAAUUCUCUAUCACAACAAAGUUGUUGCAACCCAACUCUCACCGUCACUUUCAAAAAGAAUUAUAUCAACCGACCCAUAUCGCAUUAAGUCAACCGCCGAAGGGAUAACCGUAGGAUUCCACGUUCCUGUGGGUGUUCAAUUGAUAAAAUUGUACAUUUCCUCAAUUGAGUACAUGCGUUUGCGUCAGGAAGCGACACGAGCACAAAAAUCUCUUGCUCAAAUUGGGAAUUUAACAACAUUUUCAGCUCAAAUUAAGCGAAAAAUUAAGCGUGAUAAAUCAAUUAUUUUCUCCCACAUUCCCGAGGAGGAAGUUUUGCCCAGCAGUGGCAAUGUGAAUGUGGAGGAAGUACUGCCGAAACCCAUUAAAUCACGUCCAACACAUUUGCCAUUGCGUUUUAAGAAUGUCUCAAGUAAAGAAAUUCCCGAAUCGGGAAUUAAUUCCAUCACAUUUAGCGACACAGAUAGUUUUCCGCAAUUUAUCGGGAAGACGAGUGUCUGUUCGACACCUAUUGCUGAAAAUAAGGUCCUCGUUGGGAGUAUAAUGCCAAUCUGUGCCAACAGAAGUAUGAUGGGGAUGCAGAAGAAUGUUGAGGAAGACGCACGCUUUAAGCAGAAGACAACAGAAAUAAAAUUAUUGAAUUUUCUAAAGAGACCGGAAAUGGAAUUUAAAAAAUUCAAAAGAAGAUUUUCAAUGCGUACACUUCAGCAAACUCUUACACCAAUUUAUGUUCAGUUUAUGGGGAAUGAUGCAAAGGAUAGUUGUAAGAAACAACGAUCCCUAACUAUUACAGAUCCAAAUUAUCCUGUUUUCAAUGAUGAUGGCUACCCUAUAUCGAAAUACCUUUAUGAUAGUUAUGUAUCCAAUGAAGAUGAUGCGAAAAAGGAUGAAGAGCUUGCAGACGUUACUGUGGAAAGUUUAAAAAUUGACGGUUUUGAGUAUGAAGCCGUAAUAAAGGAGGGUACACCAAAGAGGCAAAGAUCAAAUCUUGAGGAGGAAAAUGAACUGAAAUCAAAUAUUAACAAUUCCAAAAGAAUUCCAGGAGAUAUCGUUGAAAAACGCAAAGGAUUAAGUUUGCCCCUAAAAUCCCUAUCAAUGGAUUCAAAGGUCCCAAAUACAAAUACCACCAAUUCUAAUUCAGAAGCACUAAUGAGACACAAAGCAAAACUUUCUGGUAUCCCCUUGACUCCGCUAAUGUCCAAAUUGAGUAUUUUGGCAGCAGAUGAUGAGAGAUCAAGCGGAUUUUCAAGUUGGGAUACAACACCCGGAUACGCGGAUACGUCUAUUUUAACGCCAAUUGAUUUAAAUAAAAUGGCAUUGCGUCGAAAAUCUUCCGUUUCGAAGAUUGAUGAUACUGAAGGUAAUGAAGAAAGUGAAUUGAAUUGCCAAAAAGUCGAUCUCUUCCUCUGUGGACAUCAAAAUAUGACGAUGAUUCUCCUUUUGGAGGAAGAUAGUGUGCAGAAGAAGGAUAUUAUUCAAGCUAUGUGGGAAAUAUGUAUUGCACGCUUGACGAAAAUUGAAAAUUCUCUUCAUAAGAUUUUCAACAUAAAUGUCGAUGGGCUUGCGGAUAAGAGUGAUGGUAAUUACAGCUUCAUCUGCUUUGAUCCCAAAUGGGAUAUUUUGCACAGUGGUGGUCUCUGGACGACUGAAGAGCUCCUUCUCCUUGAAGAAAUGCACAAUGAUUUGAAAAUCAACAGCUCAUUUACAGAAACAAUUAUCAGAUGCGAAGAUUCUAUUCUAUAUGGCUAUCAAUGUGGAGAUAUGAAUAUUUUUUACAAACAACCAGUACUUGCCCACAAAGGUCUUCCACCUCCGGCAGAUGCAAUGGGAAAUAUUUCUUUGAUUGCAAAAAAACGACUUGAACGUGAUCAUUCUGUUAUUUUACUCUAAAUAGUUUAUAUUUAAUUAUUUUAUUGACAUUUAUUUAUUUUUAUAUUUUAUUUAUUCAAAAUGCUCAUUAUUCUGGGAAAAAAUUGUUUUUUUUUUUAAUUAAAGGGGCUUGAAAAUUAAAAAAAAAAUAAAAAUUAGAAAAGGUCGUAAUAGAAAACAACCUAUGCUCAGACUCUGGUAUAAUAACAUAGUUAUAUACAGGUAGCAUGCAUUAUGUUUUUUUUUAAUUUACAAAAUCUAUAAUCAUAUCUGUGAAAAACUCAUAAAGAAAAGCAAGAGAUUAUACUUAAGAAUUCCCGAAUAUAUUUUUUAGUCAAAUAUCCGUAUAGAUAGUAGAACAAAAAAAAGUUUUGAGUAUUCACAUGUUGGACUUAAUUUUUUAAUCAUUAUUUUAUUCUACAACACAUUCCACCCAAAGUCACUACUCCAGUAUAACUAUUAAAGACGUGUCCUAGUGUAGGUUAGAUCCCAAAACUUCUUAGAUCCUUGUGUGCAAUUUAGGAAAUUUCACGCUACAAUUUUAAUGCACCAAAGUUGUAUUCCAGUUUAGCAAUUUAGUUUAUUUGUAGAUCUAGAUCAUAACUGUUACAGUACUGCUUGUUUUAAUUUUUAAAUAUUAGACAGUUAGCAGCUACUGAAUUUUAGGCGAGGAAAAUCAAUCUGUCUGCUUUGAAUAAAAUACCAAAAUUAUUAAAUAAAAAUAUUAUGUGUAUGUUAUAUACAUACAUUAUGUUGUAAUAAAUAUGUGAAAUAAAUAUAUAAUACUAAAAAAAAAA